AUGAAGGAAGGCCAACACUCGAUCAUCGUAGGCGCAUCAGGCCUUAACGAUGAUCUUGGUCGGGUGGACUAUGUUCUGGUUGAUAAGACCGGAACCUUGACAGAGAAUCGAAUGUUGUUCAGAGCGUGCAGCAUCGGCGGUAUACGAUACGGGAGUACUGAGAUGGCAAACUUCAGUGACAGCCUCGAGUCGAAUAUGCUGUAUACUCUGCGGAGCAGUGAGAUGCUCCCGAGCACAGAGAAGAACUGCCUACGUGAUGAAGCGUUACUCGAAUAUCUGGGAGUCUCGGUAAUUACGAGGCCCCAAGAUGCCUUCGUCCAUCUGUUCAUGCUAACAUGCACGAUAUGCAAUACCGUUAUCGCCGAGACGUCGACUAAAUCACCGAUCGGAGUCCGUUUCCAAGGCGCUAGCCCGGAUGAGGAGGCCUUGGUUGAAAUGGCUGCGAGCUCGGGCUACAUCCUCACGGACCGAAGCUCGGAUCUCGUGUCACUUAGAAUAUUACAGUCCAGUCCCGCAGGAAAGGAGCGACAAUGGGAGGAUACCACAUUCAAAAUUCUCGGUGUCAACGAGUUCACCAGCGAACGCAAGCGCAUGAGUAUUCUCGUCCAAAUCAUGAAGACCAUUGAAACUGAUGAAGGGGACGUCGCCUAUAUCCCUGAUGGUCGCGGGUCUAUGCUAUUGGUGAAGGGUGCAGACGACGUGAUGGCUGAACUGUGCCAGAGAGAUGUUGGAGAGGCCUCAACUAUCGAUUUAUGUGGGGUCCCUGUCCGGGAUGUUCGAGAGGAAACGGUUUUUGAUAUCAAUGAAUUCGCAUCGGCUGGCCUUCGAACACUCAUGCUAGCGAUGCGAUACCUUGAUGAAGUCGAGACCUCAGAGUAUCUUGGAGCCCUGAAUGAAGCUAGGCACUCCAUAACGAAUCGAGCUGAUCGUUUCGCUCGAGUAGCCGAGAA